AUGAUGCUGAAGCGUGUGGCAGGCACCAAGUGGCUCCUCUGGCUGCUGAGCGUGCUGGCGUUGCCGAGGGCCGCAGCAGCCGCGGCGGUGCCGCCUGUGCCGGGCAGCCCGCUGUCGGACGGGGAGUACGAGCAGUUCUUCGCCAGGCUGCACCCGCCCUGGCAGGCCAACAUGUUCUGCCUGCUGCGCCAGGCCUACGGCUGCCUCAGCCCCAGCAUCCUGCGCCUGGACCAGGCGGAGAACCACGGGGAAGUCCCCGAAGGGCCAGUCUGCUCUGAAUUUCCAGAGGUGGUGCAGUUCCAGACCUUCUGCCAGUUUGCCCAGUACCGCUGCCUCAAACAGCAGUUCUUCAUCAAGCGAGUCCCAUGUCCGAGCGGGUCUCUAACAAGCCCUUUCCCAAUGGAGCCAUCCAGCACCGUGAACUCCGUGGCAGAGGGCAGAGGCUCCCCUGUCACACAAGCUCAGCAACCGUGGCCGACGAAGCAUCCCCCAGCCACGUCAAAGGUGCCCCAACCCUGGCAGAAGAACAGGACUAUGCACCCACCAAAUCUCUCGGCUGCCACCUCACCUUCCAGGAUGGAAUCCCUGGAUGACCAAAGCCUGAGGAAAAGCAUCUGGCAGCUGAUCCAUUCGGCCCUCUCCUUGGAUGCAUCCUUGGACAACAAGGCCCCCUUUUGGAACUUCACCAACUCGGGCCCGGGACACACAUCAGAGCAGGAAACUCCUCCCCGAGGCAGCCUUCUAGCCCUGCAGAACGAUGAGGCAGUGCUGGUCCUGUGCUAUGCAGUGCUGGAGGGAAAUUGCCUCUCAUCAAUGCUCACCAUGGCCUGGAAGGAGAUGGAAAAAAGAGUCCUUGGGUUCGGAGACUCGGUGUGUGACAGCCUUGGGCGGCACCACAUGGAGCUGUGUCCCGACUGCGCUUUCUGCUCGCUGAAGAGGGAGCAGUGCCAGAACAUCAAGACCCUGAACCGCGUUCCCUGCGACUCGGGCAGCUUCUCCACCUACAUCAACCCCGAGAUCUCAGCCCAGCACAGGCAUGCAGAGGGCAAGUCCAGGUCCUCACAGACCCCGGUGGACUAUAACGUGGACUUUUUGAAAGGGAUGAGGAUGGAGUACUGGUGCAGCCGGAUGGCCAUCUAUGGCUGUAAGGACCCUGCUGUGAGCUUCUGGCUGAAGGCAGAGUAUGACACCUUCCCAGACGUGGAGGGCUCAGGAAAGAUCUGUGACUCAAGCGGAGUUCAGCAUCCCCACUACUGCAUGUUCAAGAGCUACCAGUGCCUCCUGAAGAGCCUCUACAAUGAGAGGGUGUUUCGUGUGGAAUGCCAGCAGAACAAGACCUACCAGGUGCUGAGUGUGAGGGAGGGAGACAAGGAGGUGCAGCUGUGGCAAGAGAGGUUCCGCGGCCUUGUCAGAAAGCAAUCAAAAAAUGAUUAA